AUGAUCCUUAUAACCACUACUGUUUUUCUUUUAGCCUUUCUGGGCCCUGUCAUUUCAGUUUCUGUCAACUUAGCGGUGUACUAUGAGUCCCGCUGUACAGACAGUCGAAAGUUUUUUCUCAACCAACUGUCACCGACCCUGAACCAGCUGAAGUCAUCCAUCAACUUGGAGCUAGUGCCCUUUGGCAACGAGAAAGUAACAACGAGCAGCAACUCCUAUCACUACUCUUGUCAGCAUGGUCCCACUGAAUGCUGGGGCAAUCGAGUGGAGGCGUGCGUUCUGGAGCAGUACGGUUCAGUGCAAACUGCCUAUGAGUACUCCAAAUGCAUGUUUGAGCCGGAAAACUUUAAGGACGUAGAGGCUCACGCCAGACCGUGCGCUCAAAGAUUAAACCUCAACUGGGAUCGCAUUACGACUUGCGUGAACGGCCCAGAGAGUGAUCGGCUGAUGGAGCGGUUUUGGAAGCAAACUGAUGGCCUACAGCCCAAGCACACCUUCAUUCCGUGGAUUACAGUUAACGGGCAGGGAUCGGCCACUAUUGAGCAGCAGUCUCUGGCAAACUUGACCAACUUUCUCUGCUCAAAUUACCUCCCGGGAACAGCAGAAUGCGGAAAUACUGGCAACAGCGACUACUACAGUAGCCGCUAUUUGCCACCUAACUUCAACCGCUACAAUUUAAACCCGUUCAAUGCUUGGGGAUGA